UCCAAGAUCUUUUUUUCCUUAGAUAUUUUCAAGACUUGCUGUCCACUGUCCUCUCACACUUCCUUAUAUACACUGCUCAUCCACCGUCUUUCCUCCAUCAACUCUCAGCGCUCUUCGUUUCUCAUCUCUUUAACCCUUUCCAGGCAGCUUUCAACAAGAUUUCUUCAAUGGCAGCCAUGGCCGCAACCCUCACCUCUUCCCUCUCCAAGGCCCAAUUCUUUGACAACAAGUCCUCUUUCCAUGGCUCCCCCUUGUCUACACGCGCCGUCCAGCCCAUCAAAUCUGCUCCACAAAGCCUCGCCAUCACCAUGUCCGCCGCCGCUCCUUACAAUCUGGACAACUUCAAAUUCCAACCCAUUAAAGAAUCCAUAGUCUCCCGCGAAAUGACCAGGCGUUACAUGACGGACAUGAUCACCUACGCCGACACCGAUGUUGUCGUCGUUGGCGCCGGUUCCGCUGGUCUUUCCUGCGCCUAUGAGCUCUCCAAGAAUCCCAACAUCAACAUCGCCAUCAUUGAACAAUCCGUCAGCCCCGGUGGCGGCGCCUGGCUCGGGGGCCAGCUCUUCUCCGCCAUGGUCGUCCGCAAACCUGCUCACAAGUUCCUGGACGAGCUCGAAGUCGAGUACGACGAGCAAGACAACUACGUCGUCAUCAAGCACGCUGCCCUCUUCACCUCCACCAUCAUGAGCAAACUCCUGGCCCGGCCUAAUGUGAAGCUGUUCAACGCGGUAGCAGCUGAGGAUUUGAUCGUGAAGGGCGGAAGAGUCGCCGGCGUGGUGACAAACUGGGCGUUGGUUUCGAUGAACCACGACACACAGUCUUGUAUGGACCCAAAUGUGAUGGAGGCGAAAGUGGUGGUGAGCUCAUGCGGCCACGACGGACCUUUCGGUGCUACCGGGGUGAAGCGGCUGAAGAGCAUCGGCAUGAUCGACAGCGUGCCCGGAAUGAAGGCUCUUGACAUGAACACCGCCGAGGACGCCAUUGUUAGGCUGACCAGGGAGAUUGUGCCUGGAAUGAUCGUCACCGGCAUGGAAGUCGCUGAAAUCGAUGGAGCACCUAGAAUGGGCCCGACAUUUGGGGCGAUGAUGAUAUCAGGGCAGAAAGCAGCGCACUUGGCAUUGAGGGCAUUGGGGCAGCCAAAUGCUUUGGAAGGCUCUUACAGGGAAGUGAAAACAGGCGUGGAGGAAUUCAUGCUGGCCUCUGCGGAGUCUGAUGAGACUGUAGAUGCAUAAAUCGAGGGAGUGAGUCAAAAGUGAAGUGAACAAUGUUCAGAGAAUUCACUGAAAUAAAUAAGAAGACGGUGCAGUUCAAUUCAAUAUUAGGGACUUGUAGAAGUGUGUAUGAUUUGUUGAGAUGGUGGGCAUUGCUUUUUCCUGAAAAUGUCAUCUUCUUUCCUGUUCAUGAACCAGAUUUUUCCUCACAGUGGAAAAAAAAUCUCCACCCUUUAUUCCGUUGCAGCA